AUGACUGCCGCGUUAUCAAUUGAAGACAGCACCAAAAGAGUUCUCUUCGGAACUCCUGAAAACGACCCCGGAACGACAUCAACACUGUCAUCGUCACUGUUGGAUGGUGAGGAAAGAACAAGUACGAACGCACUGGCGACACCACAAUCAUCGCCGAAUGAGAAGAAUCCGCUUUUAGAAUCAUCAAAUAUAGACUAUAACCUUCCUCACUGCUCGCUGCCACCUCUGAGUCAGCUACAACCUGUGGAGACCUUUGUAUUGAACGCAAUAAAGUCACGGCAUGAUGAAACCCCAGAAGCAACGCACGUCCAAGGUUACAAGGCCAUUAUUGACUCACUCCGAAGACCGACAGAUCCAAAUAUGAUCCGAAGCGUGCUGAUAUCCUUCCGAACAGCUGGUUCUGGAUCAGUCUUGACUAUGAUAGCGGCAAAUCCCACGAUACAUGCUCAACUGGUGCACGUGGUCCUUCGCCUAAACUCCACCAAUCCUCCCAAACCUCCAAACUCGGACGACGAGAAUGCAAUGAAACAAUUUGAAAACCUAAACAAGAUUUACAAGGAAAUGCAUCUACUGGAUGCUCACUUACAUUUCAUGUUGGCCUUGGUCAGUGCCAAGUCAGCCCAUUUAAUUCCCGUGAUGACCGCGGUGUGGAGAAUGCUUUCCAUGCGAGUUGGACUCCAACCAGAAAUGUACCAUCGGCUGCAUGCAAUGAUGUAUACCAUGUUUCAACUCUUUCCAAAAGCGAGAUCAGACUUUUUUUCCAUUGUUGCCACUAGAUUUCCGCACAUCAAAUUGGAUCAAAGCAUCCUUUGCCACUAUUGCAAGGCUAGCUUCAAAGUUUUGGAGUACCUUCCGAGUAUGCGAAAGCAGCUCAUUGAUACCGUAGUGGACAAGUGCCUCGAAAUCGAUGUCAACAUUAAGAUUCAAGACAAUGGAGAAGUAUCAAUAGAGGAGCAAAAGAAGGAAGACAGUGCCACCGAGGACGCGACAACAGAAAGCAAGGAUGACAAUGAAUCACCAAAACAAGUCUCGUCCAAGGAGCAGUCUAUCAUUGACGAUCUUUCGGAGAAAUUGGAUUCAUUACUGGCACUCCUGUUGGAAGAGAUCAAAAAGGCUUGCAAGGACUACAUUUCAGCUAGAGAAAUGUACUAUGAAAUCAUGCCAGUGUUUGAGUCUACUAUAUUGACAACUCACAAAGCCAAGUUUGUGCAAUUUUGCAUGUUCUACGCUUGUGGAUUGGAGUCUGGUCUUGUUGACAAUGAUUAUAAUUAUGAUGACAUGGAACAUGUGGAACAUGCGAUCCUCCAUCGAGACUUUGCUGCCAAACUAUUGGAAGUGGUGAUGGAUCCUUACCGAGCUACACUUACGAGACAAAGUGGAGCAUGCUACCUCGCCUCGUUCAUUAGUCGCGCCUCCUUUGUUGGUCCUGAUACAAUCUGUGAAGCCAUUUCUGCGCUCCUUCGAUGGGCAGAAGCGUACAUUCAAUCCUUAGGGCAACACGGCAUUCACGCUGCAGAUAGUAGAGACCAAAGUGAAUAUCACUCGCUUUUCUAUACAGUAUGCCAAGCUGCGUUCUACAUCAUGUGCUUCCGGGGGAAAGAAGCAAUGGAAUUUUACAAAGAAGUUGUCGCCGCGUCAACAGAGGAAGCAGGAGACGUACCAUCACAUAUUGACUUGAGCCCUGAGAGAUGGACUAGGAUAUGUUGUCAUCAGUUGCAGCCACUUCGAUAUUGUUUGGAGAGUGUCAGAAGUGAAUUUCUCCACAUUUCACAUUUCUUUGACCUGAUCGGCGAAGAAAAGUUGGAAAAACUGUUUCAAGAUUCAAAACAAAUGUCGACUGGGAGGCCGAAGCGACGUACAGCAUCAAGAAUUUCUACUCUUGGCACGCUUUCCGUGCGACGACGAAAGGGUGGAGUUGGUGGUCUCGGUAGAGGUUCCAAUCCUCUCAAAUCCUUCUUCCCCUUCGAUCCGCUGCUACUGCGGAGGGCGUAUGAUUUCAUUGAACCGUACUACAGGGAUUGGAGUGGGUCUAUUGAAGAAGAGGAAGAAGAUGAGAGUGUUACUUCAGAAGAAUCCGAAGAAGAUUUUUUCGAUAUGGAAGCUAUUGAUCAUGAUGGCAAUGGAAAUCAGGCGCAAGAAGACCAUGCUACUCAAGGAAGAGAUGUGCAUGGACGCUCAUACAGUAUUGAUCAAUCCGAGGCUGACGAAUCUACUGCUAGUGUUCAAGCUGGAAUGACAACUCCAAAUGUACAAGAGAAAAAAGAUAUUCAACGAAAGGCAUGGACGGAGGCAACGAAGCGGCCCAGAUCAUUAAGCAUGGAAAAUGGAAGUUGGUGA